AUGGGAAUAGGAUGGACGGCUGGGAGUGGUCUAUCGGGCGAAAUGUCUGACAGUUUCGGACAGUCGUCGAGGCAAGCAGGUAUAGCACUACUGGUUAUUGGAGUCAUCUUUAUGAUAAUUAGCAUCUAUUGGUGUCGCUACGUCAAAAAGUCCAAGUCAAAUGCGCCAGUUACGUCUCUUUCUGGAACAACGGCAACAACAACAGAAACUUCCCCAAACACCGCAGAUGCAGAGACUGUGCAACCACCCGCUCUCCAGGGAGGAGGAAAUCAACAGGUCUACGCAUAUCAAUCUCAGCAGCAAGCGGGGACUUUUCAACCCGUUCAAGGCGGUCAAAUCCAGUACGCACCAGCUCAACCGGGUAUCGGUCAGUACCCACCAACUCAAUCCGGCAUCGGUCAACCACAACUGGUUCAAGGCAGUCCGAUCCAGUACGCACCAGCUCAACCGGGUAUUGGUCAGUACCCACAAGCCCAAUCCGGCAUCGGUCAACCACAACCGGUUCCAGGCAGUCCGAUCCAGUACGCACCAGCUCAACCGGGUAUCGGUCAGUACCCACCAACUCAAUCCGGCAUCGGUCAACCACAACUGGUUCAAGGCGGUCCGAUCCAGUACGCACCAGCUCAACCGGGUUUCGGUCAGUACCCACCAACUCAAUCCGGCGGCAUCGGUCAACCACAACCGGUUCAAGGCGGUCCGAUCCAGUACACACCAGCUCAACCGGGUAUCGGUCAAUACUCACCAACUCAAUCCGGUGUCUGUCAGUAUCCACCGGCUCAAUCCGGUUUCAACCAAUAUCCUCCAGCUCAACAGACGUUACAACCGUCAGCUCCUGCGGAAGAAUUACUUCCACCGCCAGCAUAUAAGUCAUAA